CAACGGUGAUCGUCCCUUGCCUGCAAUAUCUCCUCCAUAGCAGGAAAAACUUGUUUUCUCUCCGGCCAACAAACACGUCCCCAUAAUAAACACGCAUGUCUAUCUGAUUGAGUGUUUUCUUAAUCUAUCAUGUUAAGGGUUUAGGGUUUCAAAAAAAAUUAUAUAACAAAGCAUGUCACCGAUGCUCGAAACUCUAAGACCAAUAACGCACAUCUCUCCUACUCUUCCUCCUCCUCUUACUAAAUUUCAUUCAAUUCGACUCCAAUCUUCUAGGGUUCUCCACCACCGUUUUGCCCCAAAUAUUAAUAACAAUUGCCUCUCUUUUCCUUCAAUUAAUCCCAAAUCCUUCAGUUUUUUAUCCAACACCAAAAUCAGAGACUAUAAAAUCUUAGCUAAAUGUCAAGAAAGCGAUUCCACCGAGAAAGCAAACACCGAAACCGAACCACCAAAAAAUCCUCCGUCAGCGCCGUCUUCGUCGUCUAAUUCGGGGUCCAAGCAGAAGAGAGAGAAGCGAGGGAAAAGCGAAUGGUGGUUUUCCAAGAAGCAGAAUUGGAAAUGGCAACCUUUAAUUCAAGCGCAAGAAAUUGGUGUCUUGCUUUUGCAAUUAGGGAUUCUUAUGUUCGUUAUGCGGUUGCUCCGACCCGGAAUUGCUUUGCCCGGGUCGGAGCCGACGCAACCCGCUACCUUUGUCAGCGUGCCCUAUAGUGAGUUUUUGAGUAAAAUUAGCAGUAAUCAAGUGCAGAAAGUGGAGGUUGAUGGCGUUCAUAUAAUGUUUAAGUUAAAAAACGAGGGAAUUAGUAGUCAAAAGAGUGGCGGUGGUAGUGGUAGUAGUGAAGUGGUUAGUAGCAAGUUUCAAGAUUCGGAGUCUUUGUUAAGGAGUGUGACGCCUACGACAAAAAGGAUUGUGUAUACUACGACGAGACCUACUGAUAUUAAGACUCCUUAUGAGAAGAUGCUGGAGUACCAGGUGGAGUUUGGUUCGCCUGAUAAGAGGUCCGGUGGAUUCUUGAAUUCGGCAUUGAUAGCUUUGUUCUAUGCAGCUGUGCUUGCGGGGCUUCUGCACCGUUUCCCUGUUACCUUCUCUCAGCAUAAAGCUGGUCAGAUUAGGAACCGCAAGUCUGGGGGCUCCGGAGGUUCAAAAGUUUCCGAGCAAGGUGAAACAAUAACUUUUGCCGAUGUAGCUGGUAUUGAUGAAGCUAAGGAAGAGCUAGAAGAAAUUGUGGAAUUUCUCAGGAAUCCAGACAGGUAUAUCAGACUUGGUGCUCGUCCUCCUCGAGGUGUUCUUCUGGUGGGCCUUCCUGGGACUGGUAAGACACUUCUAGCAAAGGCUGUUGCUGGAGAAGCUGAAGUUCCCUUUAUAAGUUGUUCCGCAAGUGAAUUCGUAGAGUUGUAUGUUGGCAUGGGUGCCUCCCGUGUGAGAGAUCUCUUUACCCGGGCAAAGAAGGAGGCACCAUCCAUAAUAUUUAUUGAUGAGAUAGAUGCUGUGGCAAAAAGUCGUGAUGGAAAAUUCCGCAUUGUUAGCAAUGAUGAAAGGGAGCAGACUUUGAAUCAGUUGCUCACUGAGAUGGAUGGGUUUGAUAGCAAUUCUGCUGUGAUUGUUCUUGGUGCAACAAAUCGCUCUGAUGUGUUAGACCCUGCACUCCGCCGACCAGGAAGAUUUGAUCGUGUGGUUAUGGUGGAAACACCUGAUAGAAAUGGAAGAGAAGCCAUUUUAAAAGUACAUGUUUCCAAGAAAGAACUACCUUUAGGAGAGGAUGUUGACCUCAGUGAUAUUGCCUCUAUGACUACUGGUUUUACUGGGGCAGAUCUUGCAAAUCUGGUAAAUGAAGCUGCUUUGUUGGCUGGAAGGAAAAACAAAGUAGUGGUGGAGAAACUUGAUUUCAUUCAGGCAGUGGAGCGAGCAAUAGCGGGCAUUGAGAAGAAGACUGCCAGGUUGCAAGGAAGUGAGAAGGCUGUGGUUGCACACCAUGAAGCUGGUCAUGCAGUAGUAGGUACUGCUGUUGCUAAUAUCCUUACUGGACAGCCACGUGUUGAGAAGUUGAGCAUAUUACCAAGGUCAGGAGGGGCAUUGGGCUUUACUUAUAUACCACCAACAAACGAGGAUAGAUAUUUGCUCUUUAUUGAUGAGUUGCGUGGCCGCUUGGUUACUCUUCUUGGAGGACGGGCAGCAGAAGAAGUUGUGUAUUCAGGUCGUGUCUCAACAGGUGCCCUGGAUGAUAUUCGGCGGGCUACUGAUAUGGCAUACAAAGCAGUAGCUGAAUAUGGUCUUAAUCAGACCAUAGGUCCUGUGUCUUUAGCAACACUUUCUGGAGGAGGGAUGGAUGACUCUGGAGCUGCUCCAUGGGGAAGGGAUCAGGGGCAUCUUGUUGAUCUUGUUCAAGGAGAGGUGAGAGCAUUGCUGCUAUCUGCCCUUGAUGUAGCACUUUCCGUUGUGCGUGCUAAUCCAACUGUCUUGGAGGGACUUGGUGCCCAUCUGGAAGAGAAAGAGAAAGUAGAAGGCAAAGAGCUGCAAGAGUGGUUGAAGUUGGUAGUUGCUCCAAAAGAGCUUGUGCUCUUUGUCGAAGGGAAGCAAGAAUCUCUUCUCCCGCUGCAAGCGGGCUCCUAAUGAAACAAUGAUUGUGCUCUCAGCUCUUCAUUAUCAGGCAAAAGAUGGAGCUAGCCUGUACCGCCUCCAGCCAUUAUAAUGUUGAUGAACUUAGUGGCAUGAUCUUUGAGCUCACCCCUACAGCAUUGUAUAUUUCAGUGAGGUAAAUUUUUGGCGUUAUUGUAAUAUUUACUGGUCCAAGGGCAGAAGGAAUGAUGGAAAGCUGCAGAUCUGCUGCUGUCGCUGCCGGAGCCUAGUCAAGUCUCUCACCAUCUUGACAUUACCCCCAUGUACACUACUAGUUGGUUUUGAAAUCCAGUGUCCGUCGGCAAUUAUUUCAGGUGGUACAGUUUGAGUACUAUGGCAAUUGUAUCUUUUUUUAUUAUUAUUAUUUUCAGUUGUAUACAUGAUUAUUCUGUGAAAAUAUAUACAUAGUAACAGUCCCACACAAGCUGGUCUGGUAAAGGUCUGAAAAAACGCUGUGCACUGUUUUCCUCACAGGAAUUAUACCAAGUCAUUUCUUUCUUACGUA